AUGGAGGCUCAGGAAAUGAUGUGGGAGACGAGACUGAAGACUACAACAAGGAAAAAAGAGGAAGAGAUACGGCAAUCGAAGAUGGAACGUAUUUUGAAACUAGUGAGUAUGAGACUGAAGAAAACAACAAUGAAGAUGAUGGCUCAGGGUAUAGGGCAGAAAAUCCAAGACAAGGUCGGCGACAGGCUUGCGGAAGCUAUUGUGGAGAAUUACCAGGAAAAGGUGGUCAGUGGUUUAGAGGACUACGUUGGGAAACAGACGGAGAAGUUCGACGACAAGUACAAAGACGUGCUAAAGGACACCAGUGGGCUGGCAGCGGGUUUGAACCGUCCGGUUGAGGAGGCAGAUAUCCAACUUGUUCCGAAGGCGGGAGCCACGAUGGGUAACAUGUAUGCACCACCAGGCUGGGAGGUCCGUCAUAAGUACAAAUACAAGGAUGACAGCGAUAAGGACAAAGGCAGCUCCGGCGGACAGACAGCAGCCUACACCUACCCAGCCGGACUAGGACCAGUUCUGAUGAACGGCUGUUUCGGGACCGGCUAUAAGAAUGGGGAUCCCUGUUAUAAAGCCAAGAUACCACGGACAGGUUGCCCUAACCUCAUCGACGGCGCGACCUACCUUGGGGUCGGAUUUGACGGGAGAGGUGUGUACUCGGCAGAGUCCAGGAAGAAAAGCAUCAUCCAGAGAUCAUGUAGCAACCUGCAAACAUACGGUGAGAAUGAGGUUCCGGACUCCAUGACGGUGCAAGGCAUAUAUGACACGGAUGUGCAGUCCAAAACAUUUAGUUCAUUGGAUGAGUACAGGCAGUAUUUAGAGGAGAAAUCGGCCGUCACUUCUGCCAAGGCCAUGUUCCAGGAAGAAAUAAACAAAGCGUCUGGAUAUGACGCAGGAAACGCAGGGUUUGGAUUUGGACUAGCGGUCGGAGAAGGACAUUCCAGCAACAGUGGGGAAUCCAGUCAAUCAUCAGGCUUCCGGGCCAGCUCCUUUGCUAGAGGUCGGCUCCGUCAAAAACAGAGACAGACAUUCCUGGCUAUGCUGGAGAUGAACAUAUUCAGGUAUGAGAUCUUCAUGGACGACAUCAAGCCGGACCAGCUGAAUGUGGGCUUCCUGCGAGAUUUCAUUUCGCUGCCUCAGUCCUAUUUCUCUCCCGGGGCAGAAAUUAUCUUCCAGAAUUUCUACCUCCGGUGGGGAACACAUUACAUCAAGUCAGCCAAGUUUGGAGGACAGCUGAAGAUCAUCAAAACGAAACAAGCUACAAAAGGCCUGACGAUGUCGGAGUUCGCCACUAGAGCCGAGGCUGACUGGAAAAUGACUAUGAGCACCUUCUCAGCUCAGGCGUCACAAACCAAGGAGAGCAGCUGGUGGCACGACCACGAGUCGAAGACUGAGUCUCAAAAAUCUUCUGGAAAAGCAGCUGCUGAUUCGGCGUCGACGGCGAAUAGAAACCAAGGGAAACAGGCAUCAUCCCAAGAGUACAGUAACGAGGUGCUGUCAGUUCAAGGCGGAGACCAACAGAUUGCCGCAGCCAUCACGGAGAUGUACACGACAGCUCUGGCUACAGAGCUGAAGGACUGGUUAGAGUCCAUAACAGACAAUCCCAAACCAUUCUCAUUCGUGUUGAGACUGGUUACUGAUCUACUGAACAUCCCUUUCGACUCACUCUUUCCAGCAGGAAAUGUAGACUACGGAUGCUUUGGUAGAAGGAAUCUAAAGACGGAAAAGGGAACAGGUCGAAAAUACUACACACAAAAGACAACAAAGUCAGGCGUUGGUAACACAGCAGGCAAGAAUGUCAGUGAAACGGUUAUGAUCUCCGAGAUCCGUUAUUGUGACUUCGCUGACCGUAAAGCUCUCGAAGACACCAUGGUGAAGAGACGGCUAUCCCUAGAACGUGCUGUGACGGUGUACCUCGAAGAGGGUCGUAUCCUGACUUCCGAUUUCCUCCUGCCCGCUGGAGAGGCAGGAUGUGAAACCGCCACGCUAGCAUACCUACAGGUAAGCAACAACGGGGUCCCUACGUGGAAGGAGAUGAUUGGAGGACAGGAGUUCACAGUCAUCUUUGACAUGCCGUACGACAUCCCGGAGAUCAUCGAAGCACAGGAUGUGCUGCAACUGAAGUUAAUCCGUCACAUGUGGUUCUCAACAAGGAGAGGAUCUGUGCCACAUUUGUAUGAUGGCUACGAAAACAAAGGGAGGAAAGACGCCCAAGGAAAGAAGGUCAUAGUAUUGGGUCUUGUCAUGACUUACAAUGAGGAAACAGGCGUCUUCACCGUGACUGAUGACGACUUUAAGGCAGCAGCUUCAAUCCUUCCAGACCUACCAGAAUGGAUAAAGGGUCGCAAAAUAGCCAGAGCUGAAUACAAAAAACUACUCAACCAUCUGAACCAGAAAACAGAUACAAUGGGCGAUGUUCCUUGCAGCAUCCAGUGGUCCAAUGCUCACCGUCUUGACCCGACCAAUGGAGGAAAGUGCAUCCACUUCACUGCAGCGUCAGAAGGCGACAUCUUUGUUGUGUUCGCCAGCAUCCCAAAGAACCAUGAGACAUGGGUGUACAUACAAAUAUCACCAGACGGAGUAGCAUUAUACAAGGCAAUGCGGCUACAAACAACCCAGCUGAAUGACAUCGCUGGCAGUCUAGGUUCGGCAACACUGUACCAGUCCUACUUUGUCUGUGUGAUUGAGGAUGCAAAGGAGAAGACCACGGUCAUCCAAUAUGGCAAAACACCUGACAAUGAGGAACGGCCGCAUGUGUGGUUGAGUUUCACAUUCCAUGAGUUGGAGUCUCUCCGAUACUACUCCUUCGGCAAUGGGGGUUCCCUUGUGAAGGUGAUGGGGCUGUCACUGUUGGACAAGCCGGUAAAGGACUACAUCAUAUGCCGAGAGGGGACAGUGAUGAUCAAUGGGAUCUGUCGACAGAAGUGUCACUCUGAGUGUAGAGGUUGCCGAACAAGCGGAUCAAACCGGCCGACUGACUGCAUCGCCUGUAAACAUCUAAAGGUGCCCAGGCCUGGGCGAAUUGGCUCCUUCGAGUGUGUCGCGCAAUGUCCACAGCACAUGAAAGCUGUCCCUGCUACAAAAGCUUGCACAUGCAUUAAAAGUAUGGAGGAGGCACGUCCCAAUGGCGUGGUGGACUGUGUGACGGAGUGUCCUCGGACUCACUUUGAUGAUAACAACGUCUGCAAAAAAUGCAGUAGCUUUUGUAAAGACGUCAGUGACGAAGGGAAGAGGGUUUGCUCAGGACCCGCUUCCAAAGACUGUAACGUGUGCAAGUAUCAACAUAACGGACGUUGUGUGGAGGAAUGCAGACCAGGACAGAAAGCUGUCAAGACAGGAGGAAGUGGAGCCUUUGUCUGCCACCAAUGUCGGGCCGGCCAUGAGUGUAAGCUGGGAGACGAGCGAGAAAUCAUCUGCCCAGCAGGAACGGCCAGUAACGACAACAGGACGAUGUGUGAGCCGUGUGCAGCAGGGGAGUUCAGCAGCUCUCCAGGAGCGACGUUCUGUCAGAAAUGUCCGACCGGGAAGUACAGUAUAGGCGGGGGGUCCAUGCGGUGUUACCCUUGUCCGGCCGGGAAAUACAGUAGUGAAGCAGGUUCCACAGGUUGCACGGUCUGUUCCGCCGGCAAAUACAGCAGCACAGCGGGGUCAAACAGUUGUAAGCCCUGUCGCGUUGGUCAAUAUAGCGAUACAAAAGAAUCCAAGAGCUGUACGGCAUGUCCUGCCGGAAAAUACAGCAGCAAAGUGGAGUCUACGACUUGCAUGAGCUGUCCUGUCGGACAAUACAGUAGCACAGCGGGGUCCACGGGCUGCACCACCUGUCCUGCAGGAAAAUUCAGCAGCACAGAGGCGUCCACGAGCUGUCUGGCGUGCCCUGCCGGACAAUUCAGCAACACAGCGGAGUCAUCGAGUUGUAGAGCUUGUCCUGCCGGACAGUACAGCACAGCAGGGUCCACGGGCUGCACUGACUGUCCUCCUGGAAGAUACAGCGGCAUAGCCGGGUCCGCGAGUUGUGAGGCGUGUCCAGCCGGAAAAUACAGUCCGACAGCGGGGGCCACGAGUUGCAUGACGUGCCCUGUUGGGAAAUACGGUCCCACGGCGGGGUCCACGACCUGUAGGGCGUGUCCUGUCGGAAAAUACAGCAGCAGAGCAGCGUCCACGAGUUGUAGGGCUUGCCCUGCCGGAUUGACAAGCCGACCAGGGUCAACUAAGUGUACAUGCUCAUCAGGCUACACCAAGUUCCAGCGAAGCUGCUUCAAGGCCUCCCGAACGCGCAAAGACUACCAUUCGGCCAGGAGAGACUGCCAGGCAGUAGGUGGAUUCCUGGCCAUGCCUAAAGACAGCGCCACCAACGCGUUCCUGGUCCGCCUGGGGAGCAAAAUCAUACGGAGGGGGAACUUUUUCAUCGGACUGAGUGAUCAAAGUGUUGAAGGGCGAUGGCGCUUUGCUGAUGGGACCGGACUAGGUACUGUCUAA